GUCUAAUCCGACUUGCUUUCACACAUACUAAUAAACUGUGUUGGGGCAGAAGAUGUGGAGGGUUAAAAGCAGCGGCCUCAUUGCCGGGUUCACCGUGACCUGCGCUUUGUAUUACAAGCUCUUCGCUCUCACACUUAUCGACGACGGCGAGGCGCAGAACAGGAAGUACGAGCUGAUUGAAGGCAAGCUUUCCUGUGCCGCAAAUGAGGCGAUGGCCGCCGCGCCGGCUGAGUUGAACGCAGCAUUGCGAAAAGACAACGCCCCGGCGUAG